AUGGAGAAGUACGAAGUUGUUAAGGAUUUGGGUGCUGGAAGUUUUGGUGUUACUAAGCUCAUGAGGAACAAACAGACCAAAGAACUUUUUGCCGUGAAGUUCAUAGAACGUGGUCCUACGAUCGAUGAGAAUGUUGAAAGAGAGAUUAUAAACCAUAGAUUGCUUCAACAUCCAAAUAUCGUUCGUUUCAAGAAGGUUUUUUUAACCCCAACUCAUUUAGCUAUGGUGAUGGAAUAUGCUGCUGGAGGAGAACUUUUCGAACAAAUUUACAAUUCUGGUUGUUUUAUAGAAGAUAAGAAAGAAGAGAGAGAAAAGAGAGAGCUGGCAAGAUAUUUCUUCCAGCAGUUAAUUUCUGGACUCGAUUAUAUUCAUUCAAUGCAAAUAUGUCACAGAGAUUUGAAGCUAGAUAAUAUCCUUUUAGAUGGAAGCAUAGCCCCACGUUUGAAGAUUUGUGAUUUUGGCUACUCCAAGUUAUACCCGUUGCAUUCAACACCAAACACAAAUGUUGGAUCUCCAACAUACGCAGCACCAGAGGUUCUAGCAGAAGUACGAUAUGAUGGAAAGAUGGCUGAUGUGUGGUCAUGUGGAGUUACUCUCUACGUUAUGUUGUUCGGUGCAUAUCCUUUCGAAGACUCGAACGAUCCUAAAAACUUCUCCAAGACUUUUAAGCGAAUAAUGGCUAUUCAUUAUAAAAUACCAGAAAAUAUUCCCAUAUCUCAAGAUUGUCGACACCUACUCUCUUGCAUUUUUGUUCGAAAUCCCAAAAGGAGAAUUUCAAUAGAAGAGAUCAAGAGGCACCCGUGGUUCUUAGCGAAGUUGCCAUGGGAAUUGACAAAACGAGUCCAAUUAAUCUUCCUUAUGAGGGAGAAUCAAACCUUCUCUCAUCAAAGCGUGGAAGAAAUCAUGAAGAUCGUGGGGGAAGCGAGAAAGCAGCUGCCCCAAUCAUUGACAACUAUCAUGGGCUAUAGGUCGAAAACUGAGGAGGAUGAUGAAAAAGAGGAGGAAGACGAAGAAGAUGAAGACGAAGAAGAAGAAGUUGAAGAAGAGAAGGAAGAUGAAGAAUAUGAGUAUGAAUAGAUGGUGAAAGAAAUUCAUUUUUCAAAGGAGAAAAUACUUUAUCAUCAUUUAGAAGCAUAACAUAACAUAAUGUAAUGUGUUCUAUCUCUUUAUAUUAUUGAGGCUAGUUGGUGUUAUGUGUAUAGUAGUAUUCAUAGUUAUUGUUUUCCAACAGUUUUGAGCUAA